GUAAGAAAAAUAACAAACACUUAUUAUAUAUUCAUCUUUCUCUUUUUUAGCUUUUCUUUUCCUCUAAAAGUGAGUCCUUCCUUCUUCGAUCACUUGUUCAAUUCACAUAUCAUAGCAAUGGCAGCACGUUCCUACAGCCCCAUCAUGGUUGCCCUCUCUUUGCUUCUUUUGGUCACAUUCUCUAAUGUAGCUGAGGCUUAUACACGCAGUGGAACACUUCGUCCUUCAGAUUGUAAACCAAAGUGUACUUACCGUUGCUCUGCAACUUCACACAAGAAGCCAUGCAUGUUUUUCUGCCAGAAGUGCUGUGCUAAAUGCCUAUGCGUUCCUCCUGGUACAUAUGGCAACAAGCAAAUUUGCCCUUGCUACAACAGCUGGAAGACCAAGGAAGGAGGACCCAAAUGCCCUUAAACCCCUUAAUUGCCUAAUAUAUAAAUAAUUUAAUAAGCAAUGUAAUCCUAUAUGACUCUUCAUGAGCAAUUUUCUAUCUCUACAUAGAUAAGCAAUGCUGUUUUAAUUGUUUAGUUGAUAGCACCUGGGGACACAUUUAGUUAUGUUCCCUUCAGUUUUCAGAGGGAAAACUAUAUUUUUAGCAAAUUGUAUUUUGUGUUGCUAUAUAUUAUAUAUAUAGUCUAUAUUUUUUAAUUGACUUUGGCAUCCGGGCAUUUGAGACUGAGAAGAGCAUGCUUCCCUUUGACAAACAUCUUGAAAAGUGUGUCUAAUGUGUGUUUGGAUUGUAAGUGGGAAAGUUUCAACCGCAGGUUGAAAAAAGUUUGAAAGCUUAAUAAUAAGUGCAAUCUUAUGAUU